AUGAUGCCACCAAUCCACCAUCGGCAUUCAGUUCUCUACUAUGGUGACACCACUGCCACUACCAAGAAUGAGAUCAGCUUGUCGGCAGAACAGGAGCUUCUCCUCCACGAUCUAUCCAUCGAACGGUGUUGUCACCCAUUCAAUGAGACUGUUCAAAGUUUUUAUCGCUACAAUUUUCACAAAAAGAGAAAUAAGAGGCUCGUACCGUCUCUACCAAAGAAGGACGAAGAUUGUCGAAAUGAUGCUGUUUACAUCUAUCGAACCUCCACGGGGAUGGUGUUGGCAGCACUUCGAUUGACAAGGUCCAAAAUGGAUUCCAAGUAUUCAUUCCUACGAUCGUUAUGUGUCUCUCGAGACUAUCGAAGGCACAGGAUAGCCAUGCGACUGUUGAAAGAAGCACUGGCCGAUUUUUCUCCAGCAAGCGACCCGUCAGCAUCCAACUACUGCUAUUGCUUUGCGAAUCCCUACCUGGAAGGCAUGUAUAAACGAGGUGGAUUCAAAAGAAUACGAAAAUCAGAAAUGGAGGCUUGGCCAAAGUGGCUGAUCCAUUCCUACAAUGCGAUGGACGAAAAAUGGAGUCGCAAAACCUUGGGGCUCUUCAUCAAACCAAUUCAGAAACUUGACGACGAUUCUGAACCCGGCAACGAUCAUCAGGUUCCAGCCAUAAUCCGGGUAGUAUUACUGCAACACGGUCUUGAAUUCGCAAAAGCUACCGCUACAGGCUGGUUACUGGAUGACAAACUAUAUUUUGCCAAGAAAAAGGAGGAAAGAGAGGAUGUUCUUUCGACGCACGUACAAGUCGACCGAUGGGUCUGGAACGGGCGCAAUGACACUGAUCAGAUUGAAGAUCGACUGAGUUUGUUACAAGAAACGACGAGGCCAGUGCUAUUGUGGACAGGUGGCUCGGACGAAACGGCAAACAGUGAUUUUGGCUUCUUCGCCACCAACGGAGACCCUACCACUCCAAAAACAUAUAUAGUCCUGGAUGGAACUUGGCAACAGGCCAAGACCAUGUAUCGAAAGAUACCAGCACUAUGGACUUUGCCUCGUUUGAGUCUACGCAAUUUACCGCCAUCCAAAUACAUUUUACGAGGCGAUUUCAGUGGAUGGAAGGAUCGCUUUGGGGCUACAGAAAAAUGGGAUGAUGAACGUAGCAGCAGCAACAGUGAAACUUUGCUGUGUACUGCAGAGGUAGUUGCUGCACUGUUGGAUCUCCAUGGUGAUCAUGCUGGUGGUACUGUUGUGCGAUGGAGAUUGGAUUCCUUCCAAACCAAUUUCUUGGCCGAGAGAAUGGGUACUUAG